UGUUGCCGAAUCAGAAGGAGUCAAUCAGUUCAAAGUUAACCUUUGAGAGCUAAAUACAUCUUCAAUUGUUUUAAAAAUUAAAUAAACAGUAACUAAUACAAAAUGCGUGUUUUUAUCGUCGCCUGCCUGAUCGCCGUUGCCUAUGCGGACAAACUGGGCUACAAUUAUCGUCCUGUGGAACACUCGGACAGCGGACUUUCCUUUUCACCAGGCGGCAGCAGUGGCGGAUCGGGUGGUGUUGGCCCAGCCGAGUCUGGUCCUUCGUACAAUGCACCAGCUGCUGAAUAUGAAAAGGAAUUUUACACAUAUACUGCCGAUGAGAACGAGUUCAGCGAACCAGCUGACAAUGGUCGAGUAGUUGAAUCAUUGAAGAAAAAUUUGCGUGUCAUCUUCAUCAAGGGACCUGAAGGCAAUGGCUUGGAAAAAGCUGCCGUUAAUCUGGCAAGACACGCUGGAGAAGAGAAGACCGCUAUUUAUGUGCUGCAGAAACAAACUGACUUGGGCGAUUUGGCUAACCAAUUGCAGACACAAAACGAUGUGCAACGUAGUAAACCCGAAGUACACUUCGUCAAAUACCGCACGCCCGAGGAUGCGGCCAAUGCUCAGCGCGCCAUCCAACAGCAAUAUGAUCAAUUGGGUGGAAAGUCUCAAUCGCACGAUGGUGGCGCUGCUCCAGUUCACAACUUUGCAUCUCCCGCAGCUCGGCCAGCACCACGUCCCGUUAGCGCUCCCGGUGCUGCUUAUCUGCCAUCUUCAAUUCUCCGCUUCUAAGAUGUUAUGGAGUAACUGGUAAUUACUAUGACUUCGAAAAGCUACAGACUGAUGUUUUUACUGAUUGUUGAUUAGUUUUAAUAAAGAAUAUUUUAAAAUUUUA